AUGGGGGUAGUUUUAAGAUAUGUGAAUGAUAAAGGAUGUGUAAUUGAAAGAUUUAUUGGCAUUGUGCAUGUUGUUGACACUUGUUCACAUUCUCUUAAAGAUGCUCUUAGUGCUUUAUUUGUGAAACAUGGUUUAUCACUAUCAAAACUGAGGGGUCAAGGAUAUGAUGGAACUUCAAAUAUGAGAGCUACUGCUUCUGUUGAAAGAGCAUUUUCUGCAAUGAAGCUAGUCAAAAGUGAUUUGCGAAAUCGUAUGCAGGACGAGUGGAUGAAUGACAGUUUGAUCGUGUACAUUGAAAAUGAUAUUUUCUCAACAAUUGAUAAUGAAAAGAUAUUACAACGUUUUCAGUCGAUGAGUACACGUCGCAAUCAAUUGUCAUCACUUUCUCAAACAGAAACAACUACUUCACCAAGUAUUUAUUCUUAG